CGGAGGAGUCCGAGAGGCAGCCCGACGGACCGGAGAGGCCACUGCAUCGCUGGGCCCUCGUGAGCCGCAUCGUCAGCGCACCGGGCAUCGAGAAGAUGAGCUACCAGUCCCUCUUCCAGGAGCCGUGAAAAUGCGCGGCGUCUCGUUCGACUUGUUUCACAAUGUCGGUUGCAUCUUCUCCUUCCUCGACGUUUUCCAGUCCUUGUUCGCGUUCAUGGCGGUGGAGCGAACACCCGAGCACUGCGCCAAGCGCCUCUCCGCCGCGACGGCCGCCGCCGCCGAAGUCGGACCUCGCCAUCAGAUGGCCGCCAGCGGGAUUGGUCGCGACGAGGCCCGGGAUGGCCUCACGUCCAUCGACUUGCAGGCGGCCCUGCGGAUGGAGCUCCGCAGGUGGCCGGAGGCCCCGGGCGGCAGCGUCGCUGCGGCGUGAGCGGCAGCGCUCGGCUGGCGCAGGGCAUCGGCUUGGCAUCAGAGGAGAGGGUUUUGUUGGCACGUGUGUUUGGACGUUGGCACCCGUCCAGCUCUCCUGAUCGUUCGGCAGCGUCUUGCUCCCGCAUCUCCUUGCCCCGGCAAUUUCGCGGUGUGGGCAGCGGAAUCGCCGCCCCCAGCUUUGAGAACUCCUCGGCCGCGCGGUCGCCCCCGAACAUGGGCUGGCUCCAGACGAAAAGAAAAGCUCGCGGGGCGUUGCCUUCAG